AUAUAAAAUACCAAAAUUAAGGACUAAAAAUGAAAUUUGCCUUUUUUGAAAUUUGAAUUGAUUUGAAUUGGAGCGGGCAACUGAAAAAAUGAAAGAUAAGACAGCUGGCGCGAGAACAGAGGGGGAUUUGCGCAAUCAAAAUUGCAAUGUUGGCCAAAACGACAUCGUUUUGGAUAGGAAAUCUUUUUUUUUUUUUUUGGGGGCAUGAAGUGUAACGGCCGGAAUUUUGUGUACCGGCAGAGGAAGCUUCGAAAGGUUGAAAUUGAAUAUCAAAAUAGAGUCUCCAAAUGAUAGCACAAUUACAUCGAAAAGGAUGGCACGAACAGCUCGAUGGGAGCAUCGAUGCAUGGCAGAGGAAAUUCAAAAAGGCCAAAUUUAGGCAAUCAAACAACUUCAAGGAAAACAAGGGGUAGAUGAAUUGAAACUCGAUAAGGCAGGAUCAGGUCCGCAAUAUUAGAAAAUAAUUUAUUAAAGUUUUU